UUCGUUGUGAUUGCAUUGCUGAACAACACGUUUUCGCGUUAAAACAAAAAUCAAAUGAAUUUCUUACUUGCUACGUCUUUGUAUUUGCUCACUGUGAAUUUAAUAAGUUGUUCGAUUACCACUCAAUAUUACCAACGUUUAAUAAAUCAAGGAACAAAAGAAGCUUUGGAGUAUAAAUUACCCACGAGUAACAACGAAUUCAAACAGGGGGUCGAAUCUGAAAACACCGAAGAAUAUGGCGAAUUCGAUUUCGUAAUAGUCGGAGCAGGAUCAGCAGGAAGCGUCCUAGCCACACGACUAUCAGAAAUUGACGAUUUCACCAUCUUACUAUUGGAAGCUGGAGGUGAAGAAGAUGAUUUCAACCAAAUACCUGCAUUGUGGUUAUACAAUCAAUUCAGCGAGAAAAAUUGGGGUUACUACUCCAUACCGCAAAAACACUCUUGCUUGGGGAUGAAUAACAGGCAAUGUAUCGUUCCUCGUGGGAAGCUACUAGGUGGUAGCAGCUCGAUUAAUACUCUAAUGUACUCCAGAGGCAACUGCAAAGACUACGAUAAUUGGGCUCAACUAGGAAAUCACGGAUGGUCCUGGAAACACGUUCUACCAUAUUUCAAAAAAUCUGAAAACUCCCAAGUCCAUGGCGACGAAAACUACCACGGAAAAGGUGGUCUCUGGAAUGUUGAAAACCCGCAGCCAGAUUCACCAUUGUUUCAAACUUUUGUUAAUGCCAGUUUAGAACUCAAACAACCCAUUGUGGAGUACAACGGCAAAAACCAAAUUGGAGCAUCACACCUACAGUCUAAUAUCAAACAUGGAAAGCGACAAAGUCUUGCAACCGCAUUUCUGGAUAACAGUCGGCAGCGCACUAACCUCAAGAUUCUAACUAAGACACUAGUGACCAAAGUCGUCAUUGAUCCACAAUCAAAACAAGCAAAAGGUGUAGAAUUCGUCACAAGAAACAAAAAAUUCCACGUACGAGCUACGAAAGAAGUUAUUGUUUCUGCGGGUGCUAUAAACACACCACAGUUGUUGAUGUUGUCGGGAGUUGGACCAAAAAAUGAGUUAAGCAAACUGAAGAUUCCAUUAGUCGCAGAUCUACCAGUUGGGAAAAACCUAAUAGAGCAUCCAGUUCUUGUCUUGACGGUUCGCUCAACCUACACAGCACCCAAAAUCGAUAUGAAUAAAUUGAUCCAACAAUAUUUGAAUGGUUUUGGUACAUUAACCAAAGGGUCAAAUGUGGAGGGCGUUGGUUACAUACAAACAAAAAACGAUUCCAACAAAGCACCUACAAUAGAAAUUUUGUUUUCAGUGCCCCCUCACGUCGACACGUCUAUUUUCCAGCGAGAAUUCAACCACAACAACAACAUCAACACCAAGUUAAUCGACACGACAGAUCCACAAAGAGACAUUUUUUUCUACAUAGUACUGCUUCACGAGAAAUCUAGAGGACGAAUUUUCUUAAAUUCAAACAGUCCGACUGAUUUUCCAAACAUCGAUAUUAACAUGUUGGCUGAACGGGAGGACGUAGAAACUUUGAUUGAAGGCGUGGAGUACGUCCAGAAGCUCUUAAAAACCGACGCUUUCAAGAAAAUUAAUGCGACCUUACUGGAAGUUCCUAUUUGCACUAAAUUUAAAACCGGUUCUAGAGAAUACUUGGAAUGUUUAAUUCGUAACUUAGCCGGCCCUACUGACCACCCUUGUGGAACAGCAGCGAUGGGACCAAACAAUGGAAAGUAUGUAGUUGGUGACACUUUACAAGUGCAUGGAAUUGGAAAUUUGAGGGUUGUUGACGCCUCGAUUUUCCCAUCGUCGAUUUCUGGACACUUGAAUGCACCCACUGUCAUGGUAGCGGAAAAGGCUGCUGACCUUAUUAAAAAAAAGCAUACACUUGUCAAUAAACUUCUUGUUGUCAACCCUGGUUAUCAAAGUUGAAAAAAUAAAAAUUUGUUUUUGUUUUAAACCCUUUAUCUGUUUAUCAGAACAAUGCCAUUACAAUCACAUGCAUAAUUGUGCUAUUGCCGUCAGAAUUUAAGUAGCUCCGAUAAGCAACCUUCAAGGAUAAGACAAACGCAAGUACCUUAAAAUAG